CGUACAUCCCACUUUACCUCACUUACCCGUUAUUUUGAUGAACGACGCAUUCCUGCAAGUGAUUGUACCAGACAUUUGCGUGCAUCGCCUAUACAGACAACAACAGAUAAAGCCAGCGUCCUUCACCACUCAAUUGUAUUCUUGACUGAAAGUCCAUGCACGAAUUGCUUCUUGGAACUACUUUCGGGCAAGACGUGAACCAAAAGCUGCAGGUUGUGAUAUGGUUGCAUGAUGGACACUGGAUUCGCCGAAGACAUUUUGUUCCAGUGCUCCUCCUCAACCGACAACGUAAUUUCAGAGAGCGACCUGCUCGGACAAACUAGUGAAACCGAGAUUGAAGCGUUCAACAUAAAUUCCUUGUGCAUACCACCGGAGCCAUAUGCUGCUGAGAACGACGUUACAGCUCUCGAGCAAUAUUCAUCCGUUACCGAUGUGAACAACCUUCCCACCGAUGAUGUCCUGUUCUCAUCUUCCUUGCCAGCCAUUGUCCCAGCAGCGUCUGAGAUGGAAGGGGAGGUGGAACUACCAGCGCAGUCUUCGUCGAUACAGUCCUUUCCCUACAGCCAAGGAUCGCCUGUAGUUGAGCGGAUAGAGACGAUUCUUAGAACAAUCAUCACUGAUCUACAGGACGGCGCGGAAGAUGUUUUCAUCCUGCUGAGAGCGAGCUAUGAAGGUCCCAGGCGCCCAACUUCUGGACUGGACAAUCUCUCUGUACCUGCUCGCUUCAGAAAGAUAAGCUUCCCCGGAAGUUCUGCUGGGGAGGCAUGGAGAUUCACUACAAUAGUUCGUAUUCUUGAACUCAUUCAUGAAAGUCUCACAGAGAACACGAAGUUGACGAAAAGGGAUAUCUACUAUCGUCAUCCUGAUCUCUUUCUUAAGCAGUCCGUGGUCGACCGAUACGUAGAUGAUAUUGCACGCACUUUCGAGGUGUCAAGACAUCAUCUAAACGUAGUUGCUACUGCAAAAGGGAUUGUUGCCGGAAAUUUCAAGAUUCACAAAGCGGAUGGUUCCAUGUUGAAUGGUUUGAACGAGGCAGAGGGCAUGCUUGUCCCCGAGAUCUCGGAGAAUGAUGCGAUAGAUAUGCCGAGGAUCAGAUGGAUAUUAGUCGUGGAGAAAGAGGCCACUUUCCGUUCCUUACUUGCAACAGCUCUCUGGGCUCAGCUAAGCUUGCAAGGGCUUGUUCUUACUGCAAAGGGAUAUCCGGAUCUGUCUUCGCGAAGGUUUUUAAGUCAGCUCGCGCAACAUUGCCCAAGAGUGCCUAUGUACAUGUUAGUGGACUACGACCCAGACGGAUUCGCCAUCAUGUCGACGUACAAAUACAGUUCACAUCGUCUGUCGCACGAAACAAUAUCAGCCGGUGAUAUGCAUCCAUUAGCCUUGCCUCAGCUACGCUGGCUUGAUAUCAAAUGCCGUCAGAUGGAAAGGGCAGACACUAAAGAGGGAGAGUGGAUCCACGACUGGUUAGCAAACGUAUCAGGCCUAAUGAAGUUGACUACAAGAGACCGGAACAAAGCAACGCAAAUGCUAGGCUGGCAUGCUUGUGCUGAGGAUGGGUGUGAGCAACAAUGGAGACGCGAGCUUCAGACGAUGCUCAUCUUGAAUAUCAAAGCUGAGAUGCAAAUUCUGGAGGAGCUCCCAGGGGGCAUUGCUUCGUGGCUAACACAUCGCUUAGUCGUUGAUGGUGAAGAACAUCCGGUAUGAUCGAGUUGAUUUGUUGAAUGAGUUUGCUGUAGCUGAAGUGAUUCAAUUGUUAUAUCGUAGAGGCGGAAGG